AUGAACUUUUUCCAUUGGGGUGAAUUUGAUCCAAAUUUAACAGUUAAUUCUUGGUUCGUAAGUCCUAAAACAUUAAAAAUUUUUCGCCUUGUGGUGGCUAUUUAUUCUUGGAUUAUUGUAAUUGGAGAUCUGUUAGAUUAUGGAUUACGUCCUCAAGAGCUUACUAAAGUUGAUUUCGGUAAUGACGCGGAAUGUUUUUUAUGUUAUUUUACUAAUUUGAGUUAUAUUGGUCAAACAAUCUAUUUUACGACCGCACUAUUCUAUUCAUUCCGGUCAAACUCCCUUGAAAAUUUUUCAAAAUUACACAACUUUUUAUUUUGGAUUCUUUAUCACACUUUUGUACAUUAUCACUUACUUUCAAAAACUUUUAUUAAAGCAAAUAAACCGUGGUACGUCUGGUGGUUAAAUAUUUCUGUUCAUGGCGUAGAAUUUGUGACCAUGUUGAUUGAAUUAUUUUUAAAUCGUCAAAUAAUGAAAAUAUCUUUCAUAUUUAUAACGAUUUCUAUUCAAAUACUUUAUACGUUUGAAACUUUCCUUAUUUAUGAUACACAUAGAGGAUUUUGGGUUUAUGAAUUUUUAGAUUGGCAUAAAGAUUCUCCAGGAAUUGUUUCAUUGCAUUAUAUUGGAAGAAAACAUUCUAAAAAAUCAUCUGAUAAUGUUAGUGAUCCUCAAAUGAGUACAGUAGACAAAAUUCCAGACCAGUUUUUAAAUAGUCCCACAGUCCUUAUUAGUCCCAGUCUAGACCAAUCUUUUGAAGAUUCAGAUGCAAUCUUGGUAAUGUAG